CCGACUCCCGAGCGAUGUCCACUCAGUCCAUCUCGCCCGCCUCCGCUCACUUCACUUACCCUGCUACCGGUGCGGUGGCGGCGGCCACGUCCUACUUCCCCGUCCCUUUCCACCUCCAGACCGCGCAGUACUCGACGGCGAGCCCCGCGCCGGCGCCGCUUUACAACGAAGUCUACCCCGUGCCCCAAAUCCACCAGGCACAGCAACUCUUCCAGAAAGAUUCGCAGAUAAUCACCCCUGAAGCCCUAGCUACUGUAAAGGCUGCUAUUGCGGGUAAUGACCAAGACAAAAAAGUUGAAGCAAAGAAAAAGGCAGUACCCCGGAAGGCAGCUGGGCAAUGUUGGGAGGACCCAACAUUAGCUGAAUGGCCUGAAAAUGACUUCCGUUUGUUUUGUGGCAAUCUUGGUAAUGAAGUGAAUGAUGAUGUUCUUGCCAAGGCGUUUUCAAAGUAUCCAUCGUUUAACAUGGCUAGGGUUAUACGAGAUAAAUCUACUGGUAAGACUAAGGGCUAUGGCUUUGCUAGUUUCGCCAAUUCAUCAGACCUUGCUGCGGCGCUAAAAGAGAUGAACGGUAAAUAUGUUGGAAAUCGACCAAUCAAACUACAGAAGAGUACGUGGAAGAAUAGAAUAGAUUAUGAAGCUCUGCAGAAACCAAAGGCUGGACCACAGAAGAAGCUCAAAGCGCAGAAAAGAAGUGUCCUACAUAAGUGAAGAAGCUGCUCAGUCAAGUGAUCCACGCUGAAAUGCCUGCAGGCUGGACCACAGAAGAAUCUCAAAGCGCAGAAAAGAAGUGUCCUACAUAAGUGAAGAAUAUAAUUAUCCUAGUUUGUCCUUGAGAAUGUUGUCAUUUUGGACAUGUAG